AUGCGCUACUCCGCUGCUCUGCGACCCAGCCCCGCUGCGCUUGCCACGAUUGACGCCGUGAUGAGCAGGGAGAACGCACUCGUGCCACGGCUCAUCAACUGGGCGGAGGAGAGCACCAGCAACGCGCGGCUGGUGCUGAAGUGGCCGGGCGCCACCAGCUCGGUGCGAGCUUUCACCGUCGAGCCGGCGACGAGCGUGCGUCAGCCGCGCACCAUCUUCUUCACGCGGCGCGACGAGGACGAGCCGUGCUACGUGGAUUCGUUCGACCCGAUGUACGCGGCGCUCAUGUGGCCGCUCGUCUGCCCAGACGGCGCUCCGCCGCGGCUAAAGGGGCUCGUCGAUUCGGCGGGAACAGUACUGCGGCCAGCCGGUGCGCUCCUCGACAAAGAGGCGAAGAAUAUCAGACAGGAGACUCUCGCGCUGAUGCUACAGCCGGAGCGCACUUCCCGAGGAGCGAACCUGGUUAUGCCGACUCCCGCGGGUAUUCACGCUGGCAUAUCGGAGCUGAGACAUCCCACGUCGGAGGCCGCACCGGUCACAGGCAAGCUCACGGUCCAAAGAGUCGUUCGCACCUGCCGCGCGCCGGGCCGCAUGCAGGAGCCCGCAGGACCACUGAGUGUCGGCGAGUCGGCGCCGGCUGCGACGGCGCCGACGGAAGCUGUCGGUGCUGUGAGGCCCGAGCCGGCAUCUGAGUUGGCAUCUGAUCCGCCGUCAUCUGAUCCGGCGCCGGAGCCAGAGGGCGCGUCUGCUGAUGCACCGACCGACGGAGAGGCGCAGGCAGUGGAGCUGAGCGAGGCGCAGGCGAUGGAGGUGAUCGCUGCAGUGGAGGCGGUGCGCGCCGGCGGCGCCACCGCGGAGACCGAGCUGCACGGGUGGCACAUCGGCUUCUCAGCGGCAGCGCGCGGCGCCCCUCGCGGCGACCUGGUCGUGGUCGAUCCUCGCGACGGCUCCAAGCUGCAUUCGGUCGUCUCUCUCAAGCGGCGGCUCAGCUUGCUUCCGCCUGCAGAGGCGCCGCCCUCGCCCGAGCCGGAGCCGGAGCCGGAGGAGGAGGAGGAGCUGGGCUUGGGCGGCCGGCCUCGCCGCAGGGCGGCGCAGAACGUCAGCUAUGCCGAGGCUGCCCUCACUGCUCCCAAGCCGAGCGACAUCGUCGUUGCGAGGCUGGCGGCGGCGGAGCGGGAGGAGCAGGCUGGCAGCGCCGGCGGCGGCGGGGAGUGCCGCGGCGUGGUCUGGGUUGCCGAGGCGAUCGCGGGCGAGUACAACGAUUUUCACGCCAAGGCGCCGCCGCCCAAGCGGGCGAAGACAGGCGGCGGCGGCAAGCGGGGCGCGGCGGAGGAGGAGCUGGUGCCUGUGGUGGCGACGCGCGCCGCGCUGUCGAGCCUGCUGCGGCAGGGCCGCGUGCGCCGCUGGCUGGUUUCGCCGGCGAGCGGCUGCCUGGCGCCCCCCUCGACGAUUGAAGGCGCGCUCGGGCGGCUGCUGCUGCAGACGCUGCAAGCCGAUGAGCCGGCCGGCGGCGCCGAGGGCAGCGAUGCUCCGCCAUGGCGCCUCGCAUUGCGGCCGGGCGGCGGCGGCGAGGCGUCGGAGGGUGGGGGCAGCGCUGCACCGAAGGUGAGGAGCCUCGGCGGCGUGGCGAUGGAGCCGCUCGUGUCGGUGGACGCGCUCAAGGGAAUGCUGCCGGUCGCGCCCUUCGACGCGUCCGCCUUCGCCGCGCCGCCCGGCUGGCGCGAGGGGGGCGGUGCAGACGGCGGGCCGUGGCUCGGCCAGCUCUCGGGCGGAGAGUGGCAGAUCCGCAGCCGCGCAGCGACGCGGGCCAUCAGCCACGUGGUCGGCCAGCUGCGAGGGCUCGGCUUGGUCUCGGUGGUGCCUCCGCACGCGUCGGGCCGCUCGACCGAGCUGGUCGUCAUCAACAACCACUACGCCACUGGCGAGCCGCGCGAGGAGGAGCGCGAGAAGCGUUCGCGGCAGCGGAAGGAGCCCGAGGAGGAGGAGGAAGACCUCGCCGACAUUGAGAAGGAGCGGCUGCGCAACAUCGCCCGCAAUCAAGAGCUCCUGCGGCAGCUCGGUCUGGCGUGA